AUGGCAUACGGUUCGAAAGUCCCAGCGAACCUGGCUGGCGCUGAAGGUUCAUAUGUACAGAUGCCUAACAUAAAGCCUCAAGCAUUGGCCUCAUCAACGACCAACAUGCUAGGGCUUCUGCACGACAACCUGUUACCCUCUUUGAACCUACACUCGUCUCUCGCACUCGUGGCCUACACUGCCAGCCGUGUGACUCGCCGCGUCGAACUCAAGGACUGGUUAUGGCCUUCGGGAAUGGUGCUUAAUGCCUGGUAUCAUGGAGUCUGGGCACGUAGCUCAGAAACCGGUCUCAGUCUCGGUGAAUCACUAUCUACCCUUGGCUGGACGCAGAAGCUUCUUCUCGGUGGGGUUACGCUCUGGGGUGUUCGAUUGUUUACCCGAAUUGCUACUCGUAGCGUCAAGCGCGAAAAGGAUGAUCCUAGAUACGACGACAUGAACCAGGACACUAGUUUCUGGAACAAAGCCUUCUUUACGGUCUUCUUGCCCGAGGCUGUGUUCCAAGCCCUCGUCUCGCUAUCAUGGUCCGUAGUGCUGCAGCAGGGCACGCUCGGAAGUAUUGAAGCCACGCCUCCUCAAUACGGUGCCCUACUGCAUGGACUCGCAAUUGGACUCUACACUACUGGCCUCAACAUGGAAGCCCUGGCUGACCAGCAGCUCAAAGAGCACAAGAAGAAGAGUGGUAAUCUCAACCGCACCGGCGUCUUCUCGAUCGUACGUCACCCCAACUACCUUGGCGAUGCUCUGGUCCACUUCUCAUUCCCAUUACUCCUUGCUGCCAACGGCAUGUUCCACCCACUCAGUCUCGUAGGACCCCUGGCGAACUACGCCUUCCUGCGCUUCAUCGGUGGUGACAAGCAGAAUGAGGAGUCCCAAGAGCAACGUUACAAGGCAGACGCACCCAAGAAAUACAUCCAACUGGAGGAGUGGCGCGCGAACAAGAACAGCUUCUGGCCUGCCCUGAGUGAGGUAACCAAUCCUUGGUCGCUUGCUUUAGUCGGAAUCGGAGCAAUUGGUGUUUUGGCUGAGCGUGGCCUCAGGAGAUAUAUGCUGGCGUAG